AUGGACGUCCAUUUUUCGGCCGAUGAGCCGCCUGGGUGCACCGUAAAGGUUCGAAAAGUCACCGAGGGGAGCUAUGUUUUAUCGCAAAAGCCAAUUAUCGAAUUCAACCGGCCGGAUGGUUCUCUUGGCCAAGUCCUUGCAACCUCAGAAGGCGUCGUUCAGUUUUCGGCAGCGAUCCACAAAGGAAAAGAAUUAACCCAUGGUGAUGUGGUCGCCAAGUUGACGCCCUGUGCUCAUCAUAUCGUCAUCAAGGAACUGUGCGCAACGUGUGGUGCUGAUUUGAAACUUGAUCAGGCAGAGGAGACCACUCAGGCACCUGGGUCGGGAAAAGCCAACGCAUCCGUGUCGAUGAUCCAUCACGUCCCCGAGUUGCGUAUCACAAACGAACUGGCGAUGGAGAUUUGCACGCAAGACCGCGAACACAUGAUCAAAGCCCGGAAGCUGAUUUUGCUCGUCGACCUCGACCAGACAAUCAUCCACACCACCAAUCGGCCACAUGGGGCUGACAUCGAAUCGAAUCCCGAGAUCGUCAGCUUCAGACUAUAUGGUGGUGUGCAUUAUACGAAAUUGAGGCCCUACACUCGGGACUUUCUCGAGAAUAUCAGCCGCCUAUACGAAAUGCACAUUGUUACAUAUGGCCAACGCGAAUAUGCCCAUAAGAUUGCAAACAUCAUCGACCCGGACGAGCGGUACUUCGGCCAGCGGAUCCUUUCGCGUGAUGAGCUCCGCAGUGCGCAAUUCAAAUCCGUCAAUCUCGAGGCCCUGUUCCCUCGUGGCGACCUACGCUCUAUGAUCGCCAUUAUAGACGAUAGAGCUGAUGUUUGGCGCUAUUCGGAAGCCCUAAUCCAGGUAAAACCUUAUCGUUUCUUCAAGGAAGUUGGCGACAUCAAUGCCCCAGCUAGCGGCGAAGAGCCGGUUGCGGCACUGGCCGUCAAUGACGAUGAUCACAUUUUGGAACACACCGAACGUGCGCUUACACAGAUCCACCAAGCCUUCUACCGGAAUUACGACGAGAAGGGCGGCGAGAUAAAGGAUUUGAAGGUGAUCAUCAAGUAUUUGAAGUCACAGGUGCUGCGUAAUUUGACAAUCUGCUUAUCCGGCGUCAUUCCUACCCAGUAUAAGGAGCAGAAACGAGAGCAUGAGAGUCAAGUUUACCGCCUCUGCGACCAAUUCGGAGCCAAGCUCGUCGACGAGGUCACACCCGAAAUCACCCAUCUUGUGGCAGUUCAAUGGGGCACGAAGAAAGUCCAUGAAGCGCGAAAGCUGAAAAAACCGAUUGUCACCCCGGGUUGGAUCUAUGCAUGUGUUGAAAUGUGGCUAAAGGUUGACGAGAAAGAGUUUGAACUGACCGCCGAGAAUUCACCCAAGUCGAGUGGGGAGGCGAUCGGCCGCGCCGUGCUCGGCGUCGGCGUAAAUGAUUUGGCGCCCAUCGGCAAAGAGGAUGUGAAGAACAUGUAUGAUGAGGUAGAUGAGCUGUGUGGUGAUGACGGCGAUAGUGACGAUAGCGAUGGCAAAGAAGACUCGAACGACGGACAGACCGAGCCGAUUCCCACGGUUUCAAAGCCUGUGGAAGUCCCUCCCCAGGCCAAGGUGACGCGCAAGCGUACUAGGCAACUGCUUUUCCGCGAUGAAAUUUACCGUGACGGGGCCUACGAAGAAGACGAUUUGGACGAACAGGCAAAGCAGCUGCGGGAACAGGAAGGCGAAGAGCUUGAUGAAGACGAUAACGAAGGGAUCGACUACGACGACGUUGAACGUUUCAUUCAUCGGCACGAUGACGAUAACGACGAAGAUGACAGCGACCUCGACGACAUGGUCGAUGAACUGGAGCAUCAGCUAAACCAA